ACUUGGUAUUGAAUCUAAUUAGAUCGUUAUCACGAAGAGCUUAUCGGAGUCGUGCACAUAUAACGAGUUGUUUUUUCGAGAGAGAGUCUAGUUAAUCAGUUUGCAGCUGUCAUCGGUAAUCCAGGCUACUCUCGGCUGUUUUCCGUCCAUCCACGCCCACUUCAAACCGUCAAAUCGACCAAGCAAAUUGAAAACAAAUUUCAAAAAAUGAAAAAAAACAUAAGUUUGCUCGAAAGUGUCAGUAAAUACUUCACCGAAGAAGCAUUAAGGAGUAUCGUCGCCAAAUUUUACAAGACCAACGUUGCCAAGGUGGAAAUUUCAUCGUGGGACUUUGGCAACGCCAGCAAAAAGGGGGACAGUUACCUGUCAACCGUCGAUCGAGUCAUCGUCAAGGGCCUAGUGAAAAACGAAGCGAAACAAGUAAAUCUCGUCGUCAAAUCCCUGCCGAACAACCCGGGAAGGAGGAAAACCUUCCGAAGCGCGGAAUUCUUCCGCAACGAGAUUAUUUUCUACUCCGAGAUCGCGACGAGGUUCAACGAAUUUCUGGAAUCCAAGAACCAGUCCUCCAUGCUGAAUCUUCCCGAUUGCUUGGCUUACCAACUUGACGGCGAAAACGACUACAUAGCCUUGGAAGACGUGAGCCCUUACGGCUUCGGUCCAGUGGCUCGACAGAGUUGUCUGGACUUCCAAGAGUUUGUCAUCGUUUUGAAGGCCUUGGCUCGCUUUCACGGCGUGUCCUUCGCCUACAAGGACCAGUACAAAGACGAGUACACGAGCGCGGCGUCAAAGCUGAAAGAGACGUAUUUCAGGUCCGAUUUGUACAACAGCUGGUACACGCGUUACCACGAUCGUUUGUUGGAAGUCACCAGGGAUGCACUAGCCAAGGAGUACCCGGGCAGUAGAGGGGAGCAGCGGUUCAACUCUUACGCUCGUGGGGAGUUGUACCGGAAAAGCGUGGACUUUUGUUCUCGAAUCGACGGAGCAACUUCGGUGGUCAACCAAGGCGACUCGUGGGCCCCGAAUUUUUUGAUGCGCACCACCGAGUUGGGUCAAGUCGAGGUGCUGCUGCUUGACUUCCAGUUGGCGAGGCACACGAGUCCAGUUUUGGAUCUGUCGUUUUUCAUAUACUCGUGCACAGACAAGAAAGUGCGGGACCUGCACUUUGACGAGUUGCUGAAAAUUUACCACGACGAGGUAUCCAAGACUGUGACGGCUCUUGGCUCGGAUACGCAAAAGAUUUACCCUUGGAGUGUUUUCAUCCGGGAAGUGCAGGUUAAAGAGCAGUUUAUACAUGGAUUGGUGUUUGGGAUGGAGUCUAUAACCAUGAGCAUGUUAUCCGAAGACGAAUCGUUCGAUUUGGAUGUUAUUAAAGAAGACAAGGUUGAUAUUGCCGACAUCUGGGCCACACAAAAUAUUAAAACUUCAGAAAAUCGACGGAGAUUGGCUGAUGUUGUUUUACAUGCUGCAGACAGAGGAUACUUGUAGUGAAGUUAUUUUUUUUUCAUUUUAGGACAUUUUACACAGGAUACCCUUUAUAAUACUAUUUUUGGUACUCUGUUAAAAGAAAACUAUUCUUGUCGUAGUUUUAUUUUAUAGGAUUUAUGCUCUAAUUAUUAUGUAAAGUAAUGACACUUUAUAAUAUCUUCUCUACUCUGAGCUGCUGUAAAUAUUGUGUACGCGGUUCACUUGGGUGGAAAAAUUUUUUUCUUCUGAUUCUACUAUUUUUAUUAUAAACCACCAAUGCUCAUAUUUUUCCUCAGUGAAUGUCAAUAAAUAGAUGAUCUUUAAUAUAUCAA